AGUCUCUCUGUAUUCAAAUGAGAAUUUCUUCCCCACAUCUUCCUCGACAGCUACAAAUAUGGAAUCCUCCUCUGGCCCGGUAGUACUAGUACGCACAGACUGAGACCCUAACCUGCGCAUCCCCGGCGCAGGAUAUGGAGUCGCCCUCCUUUGUAUCCAAAGCGAGGACCGCCUUCCAUUCUGCGGCGGCUAAAGCGGAGCGAGUUCUCUCUGACUUAAAGCCCGAUCGAGAUUCUGACAAGCAAUCGCCGAGGAAUUCGAUCGAUCACGCCGAUUAUGAAUCGCCGAGGGAGGAUGGCGAGUCAAAGGGCUCGCAUGAAUCGAAGCAUCUUAGGUGGAGACCACCAAACAUAGGGACAAAGCAAGAUUGGCAGGAUAGAUUCAGGCACAUUGGAAUAGGGAAGAAAGGAGGUGAAGAUACCGAGAAGGCUGAGAAUUCUUCAAUGGCAGUUCAUUUUUAUGAUGAAAAUUUGUACCUGCUGAACAUGAAAAACGAUAUGGAAGCAAAGGGGGCAGAGAUGAUCCCAUCAGUUGAAAGCUUAGUCUCAGACAACAUUGUGAUUCCUCCGUUGUCUGUUAUGAGACAAUUGGCUACUGCUGUUGAGGCUGGAAAGAAGUCUAAGUCAUUGAAAGAUUUUUUGGCCUCAUCAGGAAGUUCCUCACCUGUCAGGGAGAGAGCGGGUCUGAGUCUCUCUGCAGUGAAGUCAUUAGUGCUUCGUGAAAAGGAUGAAAAGCCAUCUGAUUUUUGUAGCAACGAGAAGGUCCUAGCAUUGAUCCACGCUCUGUUUGAUGCAGAGGGGAGUUUUCUAAGACGGAAGAUUGAUUCUGGUUCGGAGGCAAUUACCACAGCAUCUUUGCCAAGAGAUAUUCAUGGUGCUCCUCCUGAAAGCCUUGUUGUUAAGUUAGCUGAAGUCAUUGGGAGCUUCAGAACCCUCAAGAAAAUGACUCUGUUUUGGUGCAGAUUUGUUGUUGAACUGAGAAGAAUUUGGUCUGAGGAACAACAUGUGCCUAGCAUUCCCUUCGAUGAGAUUCCAGAUCUGAAUUCCUGUCUUUUGUAUCAGCGGCUGCAAGUUAUGAACUGUUGUGUUUCCAGGAAAAGGCGUCGUGAUAUCGCCACUGAAACGUUAGACUUUGUAAUAAGGGAAGCUAGUCCAAAUGCAGAAGAUUCUGCUCUUUCCAAAGACAAUCCUGCAUGCCCUAUUUUGUAUGCUAAGUUAAGCACUGGGGAACUUGUCCUCCGACUAGGUGCUGAUAGCCCAUCUGGCAACCUGACAAUGUUGGAAACUGGUGAACCUGUGUACUCCCCUGUGACCCAGGAAGUACCUUUGCUUACUGAAGAUCUUAUCAAAGAAAAUGAGGAGUUUGUGCUUCGAACAGGAAGCGUUGGUGCUGGAUGUUCUCAACUUCUCUCUGACAUGCAGGCUUUCAAGGCUGCAAAUCCUGGUUGUAUUUUGGAAGACUUUGUGAGAUGGCACUCCCCUCCUGACUGGACAGAGACUGAGCCAAUUGAUGAGGCUAAAGACUUGUUCGAUGGUAGUGAUGAAUUGUCCACAAGAGGCUAUCUCAGUAGCCGAAUGCAAAAAGAAGGCAAUUUGUGGCGUGAGUUUUGGGAUACAUCCAAACCAGUUCCAGCAGUUAAACAAGCACCCCUCUUUGAUGAGGAUUUAGCUGUGGAAGGUAUCCUGGAUGGUUUUGAGGACAUAUCACCUUCCGAGCUUUUUCAGCAGUUGUUUGUUUCUUUGCUUGGUUUAGGAUUUGUAAUUGCUGAGGCUAAACUAUCUGCGAGCAGUGAUUUUUCGAAGCUGUUUUAUGAGUGCAAGGAAUAUGUUGUUUCCACUUGUCAAAGCAGCACGUGGACUGAGAAGGUUGAUGAGCUUUGCCAGGUAUAUGAAACAGUGGAGACUAUGUUGGUCAAUCCAGAGGAAGCACUAAGAGCAAUGAAGCAGCCCGAAGAAUCGACGACCCCUUCAGGAGAACCAAAAGGGCGUUUUAGGAGACUUACCCUCAACUUUGGUGGUAAAGACAGACAGUUGAGAAAAUCAGGUUCGAAGGACCAGAAAAACUUAAAGAGCCCCGGUAGCCAACCGUUUUCGAGUUUCUUCGACAACAAGUCAUCAUUAUUUUCAAAAAAGCCUCCUAAGCCUGAAAAUACAUCCCCUGCUGAAAAAUCUUCGAAUACAGUUGAAAGUGAUUGGACGGUUGUUUAGGUAUUUUUUUCUUUUCUCCUUUCCUCUUUUUUGAUUAAAAACAGGCUUGAUUUUGCUGGUAAUUGUAAAUUGUGUUGAGCAAAUGUAGACCCAAAACUACAUAAGACAAGUUAAACAGUGUAGGUUCCAGAUAAUAUAUUUAUGAUGAUUUAUUGAUUUAUUGAUUUAUUUGA